AUGUCUGCUCCUCUUCCUAAGGUAUUUGUACAGGAUCUUCCUCCUAAAGGAGGUUACCCUCUCGUGAAUCCUAAAAGAAAUCUGCCCAAUCGAGUGUCCGGAGCUACGAUGUGGUUCAUUGGAGCGGCCACCGUUGGUUUGGGACUCUGGAGAAUGAUGUAUGGCAUUCGCAAGAUGAACGAGAUGGAUCAAGAGCGAUUCAAUUGCCGCCUGGCCAUGGCCCCGUACCUUCAGGCGGAAGAAGAUAUUCACUACUGCGAGGCCGAAGCUGCCAAGCUGAACAAGGAGAGAGAAGUGAUGAAGGACAUUCCGGGUUGGAAGGUCGGUGAAAGUGUGUACAACACUCGCAAAUGGGUUCCUCGUCCAGUGCAUUAA